AUGGCAGCUACUUCAAAUAUGUUUCUGUACUCACUUUCGCUCCAGUCUCCGACGGCUAUUUCGCAAGCCAUCGUCGGCUAUUUCUCUGGCACCAAGGAACAGCAAGUUCUGACAGUAUCGGGGUCCAUUCUGACCUUACACCGUCCCGAACCGACUCUCGGCAGAGUCCGGCCAUUCCUUUCGCAUGACCUCUUCAGCAUAAUCCGAUCGGUUGUCUCUUUCCGCUUAGCUGGAAGCUCCAAAGAUUAUAUUAUUGUAACAAGCGACUCUGGCUGCAUCGCCGUUAUCGAGUAUCUGCCUACUCAAAACCGUUUCUCUCGCAUUGUCCUAGAGGCGUUUGGAAAGUCUGGCGUGCGCCGUACUGUUCCAGGUGAAUACCUGGCUGUUGAUCCAAAGGGAAGAGCCUGUAUGCUUGCGUCCAUCGAAAAGAACAAGCUUGUCUACGUCCUCAAUCGUAACUCCCAAGCCGAACCGACUAUAUCAUCCCCCCUCGAAGCACACAAACAUGGAGUCCAGGUUCUAGCCCUAGUAGCCCUCGAUGUGGGAUAUUCCAAUCCCGUCUUUGCAGCUCUUGAGACGGACUAUUCAGAGUCUGACCUGGUCUCCUCUGGACAAGAGAUACCUGACGUUGAGCUUGUUUACUACGAGCUGGAUCUGGGCCUGAACCAUGUCGUCCGAAAAUGGUCGGAAACUGUAGAUUCUACGGCAUCUUUACUCUUCCAAGUUCCUGGUGGAAUUGAUGGUCCAAGUGGCGUCCGUGUCUGUGGAAAGGAAACGUCGUGGACCACAGAAGACCCGCAACGGAAGCGUACUAUUGUUAGUGGUGUGAUGCACAAGCUCAAGAACAGCCCAGAAGCGUUCUUCCUUUUGCUGCAGACAGACGAUGAUGAUAUUUUCAAGCUGACGUUCGACCUACAAGUCGGAGAUGGUAGUCUGAUAGGAGAGUUACGGCGUAUCAAGAUUAGCAUCGAUUCUUUGAGUCCUCUUAUGGACUGCAAGGUUGCUGAUUUGGUUGGGGGCGGCACACCGCAGAUCUAUUCAGUCUCUGGCAGCGGUGCGAGAAGCCAUUUUCGGGUGCUCAAGCAUGGGCUAGGGAUUAAUGAGGUUGCAACAUCUGAGUUACCGGGGACAGUUUCUGGUGUAUGGACCACCAAGUUAACAAGGCAUGACAAGUACGACGGGUACAUCAUCUUGACCUCCUCCGAUAACACGUUGGUCAUGGGCGUCGGAGAUGAAGUCCAGCAAGUGAGCGAUUCCGGAUUUCUCACAACUGUGACCACCCUCGCCAUCCAGCAAAUCGGGGAUGAUGGUAUAGUACAAAUCCAUGCGCGAGGUAUCCGACAUCUCCGCGGCGGGGAAAUCAACGACUGGCCUGUCCCCCAACAUAGAGUUAUCGUAGCUGUUGCUACAAAUGAGCGACAGAUUGCAGUGGCUUUGAGCUCAGGAGAGAUUGUUCAUUUCGAGAUAGGUAGUGAUGGAUCACUUGCUGACUUAGGGCCGGUCCCUGAAGGGCGACUCCGAAGCCCAAUUCUGGCGGUAGGAUGUGAGGAUUGCACUGUUCGAAUCUUGAGCUUGCAUCCAGAUUCCACGCUUGAGAGCAAGUCUAUACAAGCGCUGAUAGCGGCACCCUCGGCGCUUAACGUCAUGGCAAUGGAGGAUCCAUUAUUGAGUAGCUCUGAACUGUUCCUAAACAUCGGCCUGAGUUCUGGGGUCUAUCUGAAAACUAGACUCGAUGGAAUCACAGGACAGUUAUCAGAUACGCAGACGAGAUUCCUUGGUCUCAAGGCUAUUAAGCUCUUCCAGGUAACAGUCAAGGGUCAAACCUGUGUUUUGGCCCUGGGCUCUAAGCCUUGGAUGGGGUAUACUGACCCCAAACGAGGGCUUAUUAUGACACCUCUUGAUUACGAUGAGCUGGAGUGGGCAUGGAACUUCAGUAGUGAGCAGUGCGGUAUCAUCGCGGUUCACGCCAACUUCCUGCACACCAGCAUCACUCUUUACCUCGCUAACCUAAUCUUUAGCAUAUUUUCUAUUGAGAGUCUAUCUGAUAACAUGGUCCGAAAGUCUCUACCUCUGACCUAUACACCACGGCAUUUUGUUAAGCAUCCUCAUGAACCCUACUUCUAUACGGCUGAAGCGGAUAACAACACACUGGGUCCUGAGUUACGUACACAGCUACUGGGAGCCUCUGAAGAUAAAACUCAAAAGGAUGAGAAACUACUCCCACCAGAAGAGUUUGGCUAUCCGCCUGGUCGUGGCCGAUGGGCCUCGUGCAUCAGUGUUGUCGAUCCCAUCGGCGAACAAGUGCUUCAAAAGAUCGAGCUUGGAGGCAACGAGGCUGCUCUGUGUGUAGCGGUGGUUCUAUUCACUGGACAGGAUGGCGAGAACUUCUUGCUUGUUGGCACUGGGAAGGACAUGAUCCUUGAUCCCAGGCAAUUCUCAGAGGGCUACAUCCAUGUCUAUCGCUUUCAGCAAAACGGGAGAGGGCUGGAGUUCAUUCACAAGACCAAGUUGAUUGUCUCCUUGAAUGCUCAAGACAACCGUAUCGUCGUCGGGGAUGUCCAGCAUGGCGUGACGAUGGUUACGUACGAUCACAAGCAUCAUAGGCUUAUCCCUUUUGUUGAUGAUACAGUUGCACGCUGGACAACCUGUACGGAAGUGGUCGACUAUGAAUCUGUGGUUGGAGGUGAUAAAUUCGGGAACCUCUGGGUUGUGCGAUGCCCCGAGAAAGCGAGUCAAGAGGCAAAAGAGGACGGAAAUCGCUUCAUCGACGCACGGAAUCAUCUGCGCGGCGCACCAGCUCGAUUCGACAUGGUGGCCUAUUUCUUUACGCAGGAUAUACCGACCAGCAUCACCAAGACCAACCUCGUCGUGGGCGGACUGGAUGUUAUCGUCUGGAGCGGCUUGCAUGGCACUAUCGGCGUCCUCAUCCCCUUCGUCACACGCGAGGACGCCGAUUUCUUCCACAAGCUCGAGGUGCAUAUGCGUGCUGCGGAUCCGUCUCUUGUCGGCCGUGACCAUCUGAUGUACCGCGGCUAUUACGUGCCGGCUAAGGGCGUCAUAGACGGAGACCUCUGCGAGCGGUUUAGAUUACUCCCCGUAGAGAAAAAGCAGCGGAUUGCGGUUGAGCUGGAUCGCACUGUGAUGGAAGUCGAACGAAAGAUCUCGGAAGCUCGAACUCGAUCCGCAUUCUAG